ACUUCGCAGAGGCUCCGAUAAAGCACCGGUCGGGCAGGGCAGGGAGUCCUUCCACCGGCUUCUUUCCCCCGCUGCCGCGGCCAGCGCUACCAACCUGCAGCUGUCCAGCCCAUCACUUUCUGACCGAGAUAUGGCUGCCCACUUCUAGGUUCGGGAGGUUUUUAAUGGUUUAAAAAGAAAAACCAAAAAAGCAUCAGCAACAACAAAAAACCUGUUUGAGAGGAGGGGGCGUGGCAGGGAAGGAUGCGAAACCCGGCUCUCCUGCUCUACUUCUGGAGCGUCUAUUGUUGCUUCCCGGCGGGAAGUCUCACAACCUUACGUCCCCAGGGGUCGCUGCGAGAUGAAUAUCGUAAGCCCACCGGAGUACAGGCUUCCGCCAAACCCUCUGUGGCUUUUAACAUCCGCACUUCUAAGGACCCAGAGCAUGAAGGGUGCAAUCUCGUCCUUGGCGACAGCCAACUCUUGGAAGACUGUGGCUUCAACAUGACAGCCAAAACAUUUUUCAUCAUUCAUGGAUGGACGAUGAGUGGCAUGUUGGAAAAAUGGCUGUAUAAACUUGUGUCGGCCCUGCAGACGAGAGAGAGAGAUGCCAAUGUUGUGGUGGUUGACUGGCUGCCCUUGGCUCACCAGAUCUACUCAGAUGCAGUCAAUAACACCAGGGUGGUGGGACAGAGAGUGGCCGGGAUGCUUGACUGGUUGCAGGAGAAGGAAGAGUUUUCUCUUGCGAACGUUCACUUGAUUGGCUAUAGCCUUGGAGCGCAUGUGGCUGGAUAUGCUGGCAACUUUGUGAAAGGAACACUGGGCAGAAUAACAGGUCUGGAUCCCGCAGGCCCCAUGUUUGAAAAAGUGGACAACGACGGGAGGCUGUCUCCGGAUGAUGCAGACUUUGUGGAUGUCCUGCACACCUUCACAAUCUCCCUUGGCAUGAGCAUUGGGAUUCUGAGGCCCGUGGGUCACAUUGACAUCUAUCCCAAUGGGGGUGACUCUCAGCCAGGCUGUGGAUCCAGUCAUGUCUUGGCAUCUCUUGCAUUUGGAAUGAUCACAGAAGUGGCGAAAUGUGAGCAUGAGCGAUCCGUACACCUCUUUGUCGAUUCUCUGCUGAAUCAGGACAAGCCGAGCUUCGCCUUCCAGUGCACGGACUCCAACCGCUUCCAAAAGGGGAUCUGUCUCAGCUGCCGGAAGAAUCGUUGUAAUAAUAUUGGCUACAAUGCCAAGAAAAUGAGGAAGAAGAGGAACAGCAAAAUGUACUUAAAAACCCGGGCUGGCAUGCCUUUCAGAGUUAACCAUUAUCAGAUGAAAAUCCACAUCUUCAAUUACAAGAGCAGUAGAGACAUCCAGCCCAGCUUUAACGUCACCCUGUAUGGCACUAACGCGGACUCCCAGAGCAUUUCCUUGAAAGUAGUGGAGAAGAUCUGGCUGAAUGCCACCAACACCUUCCUGGUCUACACGGAGGAGGACUUGGGUGAUCUCCUGAAAAUCAAACUUACCUGGCAGGGGAUAUCUCAUUCCUGGUACAACCUGUUGAAUGAGAUUUACAACUACCUGUCUCAACCCAGAAACCCCUCGAGGGAGCUGCAUGUCCGAAGGAUUCGUGUCAAGUCUGGGGAAACCCAGCGCAAAAUGACAUUUUGUGCUCAAGACCCUAAGCAGACUAGCAUCUCUCCUGGUCAAGAGCUGUGGUUUCACAAAUGUCGGGAUGGCUGGAGAAUGAAGAACGAAACCAGUCCUUUUGUGGAGCUGGCCUAGCGCCCAGGAAGCCCUGAAGCCCACACCCACCCACAGCCUGCUGUCCAUACACAAGGAGGAAAGUUACUGCUGAAGACCCAUGGGAUGGAAGACCUCAGCCUUGGUGCUGGAGCCCCGGGAGAACCUUACUACUCACUGGCCUCAGCUUGCUUCCCCUGUCAACCAGGACUUCUCCCAGAGAGUCCCGUGCCCUGUUGAAGUCCUAGCUGAUGAUCCUAACUCCAAACUUCCCUUGACCCCUCAGGAAGCUGUGUGUGAUCACUGGGAUGGCCAGAGCCCUGGUGCACUCUGGGCCACUCUCUCACUGUGGCUAGGUGAGCCUGGCUUUUUCUAGCCACAGGCAACACAGGCUUGGAAGUGGCUUUAUUGGAAGGUUGACAGAUGCUUGGCCUUACUGGACCUUAGUGAAAAGUCUUUCCCUGAAGACUCAUACCACAGUGUCAGACCUGUUGCCCACUGAGGGGACAACAGGUCAGGUUGAUGCUAAUUCUAGUGUUCUCCCAUGUGAGACUGACAGAUCCCGGUCCUAUUUUGGGUAUUCCAUCAUGCUCCCUAGCUUGCCUUCUGAAACUCACCCACUGUUGGCAUUUUUAUUGAGCCCUUCAACUAAUUACCACAGGGCAGUAGACACACGACUCAAUCUUUGCAUCUGGAGCCAAUGGGAUCAGGAUCUCUGGAAUCAGAGUUCACUGGCCCAUGGUUAUGGGUCUACAGGUUAUGGCCCACACAGGUAUGCCUGUGGUUAAAGACAGCUGGGGCCGAGGCUACUGGCUGAAAAUGCUGGGGAGCUAAGGCUUGUUGUGUGCCAUUUCCUCUAAGGGCCGUGCUUGAUCACUAGCAGAGCAGCAAGCAGAAAAUCAUGCAUGGUGGCCACAGUGGUGGAGCAAAGUCUCUGCUGUUUAGGGAACUAGACAGUAUUGCAUGUCUUCUACAUGCCUGCUGUGCAGAAACCGCCCACCCUUGACAGAGCUGGCCUUGAGCUUUGAUACAGUGCUCUCUCUUCUAUGAAAUAGCUUGCUUUCCUAUCAGUGCUGUCUCUGUGUUAAGCUCCUGGGAAAAGCCUCCUGGUUUAUGUCUUAACGUGAACUAAUAAAUGUGCUACCCGAGACACCCUUCUGUAGUUUCUAGACAGCUUGCAUGUGUGUCACCUAAUCAGAAUGCAGGGCAGCCGGUAUUUUUCUUGUUUUGCAAAAUCAAGGCUUAGGGAAAUUCAGUCAUCUGCUUAGAUGGUAUAUCAAGGUGGUGGUGGGGCCAAACUAAGGCCUCGGUGAGGUUUCCUGGAGGCAAAAUUCAGGAAAUCCUCUCUGCCACUCCACAAAGAUGUCUACAACUAUUGCCUAUUGGUAUGUUCCUGAUGUGAUAAACAGGGGAUUUUUUUCCCCCAGAGUUAUCCAUAAAAUCCAAACCGUUUCAUUGGUAUACAACCAGAAGAUGGCCUGGGCGAGGGUUGACAGCUGGGGGUGGGAGAGCAAUCACUCUCUGUAUUUAGGUUUUAAAUGGACUUCCUUUGUAUCUGUACUGUACCAAAUUUGUAUUCCCGUUUAAAGCCAAAUUUCCGAAGACAUAACCAGUUGGGCCUUAAUGCAAAGAGCUCCCUCAAGCCCUCAGUGUGCUUCUGCCAUUGGUUUCUAGCCAAAGUCGAGCUUGUUACUGGCCACACCUCCUGGCGACUCCCAGCUUCUGUGUUUAGUCAUGGAAGCUUGGAGAACUGAAUCCUCUGUGAGUUGUGUAUUUAUCCAUUUGGCUUGAAGCCUUGUUUGUAUAUCUGAUGCUUUUUUAAAAAGGCUUAGACCACUAUUUAUUUCUUGAGUGUAUAUAAUGUAUAACGACAAAUAUAUGGUUGGUUUUUACUUG